GCAUGCGAUGAUCUUCAACUCUACCGCAUUCCUUCGAUGCCACAUCUGACACCACCGGAGCCGCUGAUUUGCCAGCUCAACCUUUUGCGGGUCAACUCUAUUUCUCCAGCUACGAGAUGUAUCUCCACACUUGCAACUUCUUAGGGCUCAACGCGCCGGAUUUGGGAGAUGAUGACAUGAUAGUCGACAGUGAUGGAUUUAUCAGGGAGGAGAAUCGUCCUUGGGCGAGAGCAUCGUGUUCGUUCAAGCGAUCCCAGCUUCCUCCACUGAAGGAGUUGUUUGGAAUGAGAAGGAAAGGCAUGGGGUAUCUGCCAACUCACCUCGGAAAGAUGUUCAAUGGCCGCAUUCUGACUGAGGGAGAUUUUCUCGACUGAGCGCCAGGUCUGUUUAG